GUCAAUGAAAAGCUUCCCAGAGAGAAAGAGAGAGAGAGAGAGAGAGAGAGAGAGAGAGAGCAAGUCAUCUCAGCUCGCAGCAGGGGAAAAAUCCCUGAGGUGCAGAGGAGAGACGGGAGAGGAAAUAAAAACGUCCUGUUCCAAGUCCUCACCGAACACGGAGAUCUCUUUCACCUUCGCUUCAAGGGCUACUAAUCUGUUCAUCUUUGGGAACAAUCAGCUUCAACUCCAGUGGUGGAAGAAGAAGGAUUCAGAUCCUUUUACUUCAGUAAAAGAAGACUUUUCGCCGCUCGGACCCCGGAGAUGUUUCCCUCUGUCCCCUCCCUGGUCCUGGUCCUGGUCCAGGUCCUGGUCCUGGUCCUGGCUUCUCCGGCCCUCCUGACCCCGUCAGCCUCCCAGUUACAAGUCAGAGGUCAAAGGGCGCCCAGGGACACCAGGCAGGACUCCAUUAAGGUGGUUAUCUCAGAAGGCUGCGUCACUCAAGGGGAGUCGUCCGAUGUCAGCCGGGGAGGUAAAGAGAUCGACCUGACCCCCGGCUCCCCUCUGAUCCUGACCCAUAAGAUCAAACUGGUCCCGUCGGGUUCGGGGUCCGGGUCUUGUGGUUGCGAGGCGGACUUCGCUGCCCUGCGCGAGCGCCUGGAGAGGCUGGAGAGGGAGGUGUCGUCCCUCAGGGAGAAGUGUGGAGGAGCUGAGGGAGGCUGCUGCACCUCCAAGGAGAGCAAAGGUGCAGGCUGCUCCAUCAAACCAGAGAUGGGCGAGUGUCCCAACGAGUGCAGCGAUCAGGGUCGCUGCGUGGACGGGAAGUGCGUCUGCUUCCCCGGUUUCAGCGGACCCGACUGCAGCCAGUCCAACUGUCCCGGAAACUGCAACGACCGCGGACGGUGCGUGAACGGACAGUGUUUGUGCGACCCGGGCUUCACCGGGCCCGACUGCUCGGGGAGAGGCUGCCCCGACAACUGCGGCAACCGCGGCAGGUGCGUGGACGGGAAAUGCGCGUGCGACGGCGGCUUCGCCGGCGCGGACUGCUCCGAGGACUCCUGUCCGGGAAACUGCAGCGGCAGGGGGCGCUGCGUCAGCGGAGAGUGCGUUUGCGACGAUGGAUUCGACGGUCCCGAUUGCUCUGAGAGAACUUGCCCCAACGACUGCUUCGACCGCGGCAGGUGCGUGGACGGUAAAUGCGCGUGCGACAGCGGCUUCACCGGCGACGAUUGCUCCGAGAAGUCGUGCCCGGGAAACUGCAACCGCAGGGGGCGCUGCGUCGACGGAGAGUGCGCGUGCAACCCCGGGUUCACCGGCCCGGACUGCUCAAAGAAGGCCUGUCCGGAUGACUGCAACAAGCGCGGGAAGUGCGUGGACGGUAAAUGCGCGUGCGAAAGCGGCUACAGCGGCGCGGACUGCUCUGAGAAGUCGUGCCCGGGAAACUGCAACAGCAGGGGGCGCUGCGUCGACGGAGAGUGCGUGUGCGAUGAUGGAUUCAGCGGACCGGAUUGCUCUGAAAGAACUUGCCCCAACGACUGCGGCGAUCGCGGCAGGUGCGUGGACGGUAAAUGCGCGUGCGACGUUGGCUUCGGCGGCGCGGACUGCUCUGAGAAGUCGUGCCCGGGAAACUGCAGCGACAGGGGGCGCUGCGUUAACGGGCAGUGCGUGUGCGACGUGGGCUUCGCCGGGCCGGACUGCUCUGGCAAAGCUUGUCCCGACAACUGCAGCAACCGCGGGAAGUGCGUGAACGGGAAGUGCGUUUGCGACGUGGGCUUCGCCGGGCCGGACUGCGGCGCCAAAGGCUGUCCCGGUAACUGCAACAACAAGGGGCGGUGCGUCAAAGGGAGGUGCGUCUGCCGGCGAGGGUUCACCGGAGCGGACUGCAGCCAGUGUGAGGACGGCAUGACCGGACCCAACUGUGACACCGCCAUGUCGGGGGUUUCCCAGCUGAGCACCAGGGACAUCACAGAGUCGUCGGUCACGCUGCUCUGGACUCCGCCUGGCGUCCAGUACGACACCUACCACAUCACCUUCACCAGCCAGAAGGAGAGUGACCAGCAGAUAAGUGUGCAGGUGGAGGGCAGCCUGACCACCUUCACGCAGACAGGCCUGGCAGCCGGUCAGGAUUACACCGUCAGCAUCACCGGAGAGAUCGGCGGCAAGAGGGGAGCCGAGACCUCCGCUGAAUUCAUGACCCUCAUCUCUGGUCCCACCAACCUUCGAGUCGUCAAGACGACCUCGACGUCUGCGGUGGUCCAAUGGGAGCAGUCCCAGGGUGAAAUUGACAGGUACCGUUUGACCGUCACGCCCAACGACGGAGCAGGGAAGAGUCAAGAAAUGAUGGUCCCAGCUGGCCAAGACUCCGCCCACAUCCAGCAGCUGGUGGCGGGGCGUUUGUACGACAUUACGCUGGUGGCCGAGAAGGGCACGAGUCGGAGCAAACCGGCAACCACUCAGGCUACUCCAGGGAAGACGCUACCAAGGGAUGGUACCAUGGCAGCUUUAACCAUGCAGGUCACACUAGCACCUGGACAUAAUGUUGGUGACGGAGACCAAGAGUUUAAACCAUCGCUUGAGGUUCAAGUCUUUGACCAACAGAGGAGGAGGGAGGAUGGGAGCAAAGCUGACUCAGUAAAAGUCGGAGAUUCCGAUGGACCGAACAGAGACUCCACAGCCUCUGUGACUGCAAGAACUAAACCUCUGGUCAGCAGAAAGAUGGCGAUGAAUGGUACCAAGCCCAAAGUUGCUGAAAGGCCCACAUUGUACAGGAAACCAAAUGGCCCUUUCCGUUUCAACACAACCAGAGUUGUGCCUGGGUGGAGAAACGUUGGCCAAGGAUCAUUGAGAAAGCCCCCAGUGGGGCAGAAGAAGAAAGAACAAAUGUUACCCGAAAAACCUAAACCAGGUGUCCCCACCAUCGAAGACAGGACAAUAGCUUUGCAUGUGAGAGAUCCGAGUGUAGACGCAUCAAGCACCAAGAGGAGGGAUGAUAAGAAUCCAGCUAUAAUGUCAGGGACUCAAAGUAGCUCAGAGGAACCAAGUGUUGCCGUUGACUCCAAAAAGCAACCAGAUGUUGGCAUGGCAGGCCAAGAAAACGCCACUGCUCCAGUGUCUCCAGAGCCAACUGAGACUGUUCAAAGCCAAGAGAAGAAAUGUAUGAAUAAAGUUAAAGUGACACACAGAUUACCCCAUCAGGGCAGAGGCAGUGGGUGUAAAGGGGAUGGAACAGUGCUGGUAAGAAAGACAGCGGGUUCAGAUCAAGGUUCCUCCGAAACCGAUGAUUCGAAACCCUUGUCUCCAGAGACGGACCUCGACUACACACCAGGUCCUUUACACAAACUACUGAAGGACACUUUUGACAGUUUGAAUAUCAAGACAUUUUCUGUUCACCUGUCUGAACCAUCAAACCUUUCUUUUGAUGCAGAAACAGUGAGGAACCAGAUUUUAAGUGGACUCAAGCCAUCGACACCAUCCUUUUCCUGGUCAUCGUCCUCAUCAACCUUACAAUCAUCAUCACAUUCAUCAGCUACACCAUCAUCCUCCUCAGUGCCAUCAUCCCCAUCUUCUUUAGCAUUACCUUCACUUGCUCCAUCUUCAUCAACAGCGCCAUCAUCAUCACUAACAUUGUUAAUGGCAUCACCCUCUUCUUCACCGUCCCCUCCAUCAUCAUCCCUUUCCAGCUCAGAUAAAGCAGGUUCAGUUGGAAGCAAUGAGCCAGAUGUCGAUAAUGGCAAAAGAGCGACUGACGUUAAAUCACCUGAAGACAGAAAUCUAACGUCCUCAGAAAAAGGUGGCGUACCUCUUUUCCAGCGCACACCUGCGAAACAUGGAUACGUACGUCGCCCACGCCCAAACUUUGGAUUAUUUCAGAACAAAACCCGUCUAAAUUUGAGACUUCCUCACCAUUCGACUCCUCAUUUGAAGUUCAUCCCUAGAAGAGAGACGGAGACCAGUCCUACAUCUACAAAUGAAUUGUCAUCUUUACCGUCUUCAUCUGAUUUAGAGGAUUCUUCCUCAGUGGAUGUAAAUUCAUCCGUGAGGGAUACGAUUGGAGACAAAGAUGGAGCAACUAAACCUUCAUCCUCUGGAGUUGAACAAAACCAGGAAAAAAUGCCAACAGAAAGAGGACGAGUCCCAGUUCGUCAUCUUCCUCCAAAGUCGGGAUACGUGCGUCGUCAAAACUUUGGACCACUACGGAACAAGACCCGUCCAAAUUUGAGGCCGCUGCCUCCCCCCUCUCGACCUUUGAAUCCUGCAUCAGAAACAAGGAGAGAACAUGUAUCUUCCACUGAAUUGCCAGCCACUUCAUCUUCUCCUGUUGCCAAAGAAUCCUAUUCAGCUGAAGGUACAGGGCCAAAAGAAGGGGAGAAUGAAGACAGAGUUGUGACAAGCAUGUCCGCCAAGUUCAAUCACACCCUCAGAGGAAGUGAAGCACUUUCCACGCAUCGCCCAACCACCAAAGCAAUUGGGUCAAAGGGGAGUUACUUCCAUCGGCCAUCGCUGUCUGAUGGACGUUCCCAAAACAAAACCCGUACAAACCUAAGACCAAAUCAACAUCCACAUAGAGGUCCCAUGCGCAAACCUUUCCCAGCCAGAAAGCCAACUGGAGGCAUUACUGUUGGAAGUCAAAUUAGCCAUUUAGAAAAGGAUAGUACCCUUGAAAUCCCAGAUUACCAAUCAAGGGGGCAGGAUGCCCCCAUGCCUACCCAAGGAGUCCAAAUUAGACAAUCAGAAGAGCAAGACACUGCAAAGAUGGAUGGCCAAGACACUGCCGUCAGACCACAGACUAACAAAUUAGAAGAGGGGGACAGUGCUCCAAUCCAAACUACCAGAUCUAGGGAAGAAGAAACCAGUACCCUAGAUUCAAACUCUGACACCCAUGAAGAUAGAGUCAAUACUGGCAAAAAUACCGGAGCUACAAGUCGAGGUAGACCAACUCUCAAACAAACUUCAUCUGAAUCAAGACACGGAGCCCCAAGACCAGUCCCACUUCCAAAGAGACAACCACCUACACUAACAAGAAGUAUGACCGCACAGAAUCCCACCCAGAUAAGACAUUACAAGGGUGGGAGUAAAAGGAGAGAGGACAAAACAAAUAAUAAUGCAAAAAGGUUGUUUGGGAGUAAAACUGAGAGUAUUGUUUCUGAACUUCAGACGGGAUCAGAUGUUCCUUCUUCCGUAGUCACAAGGGAACCUCUGGACUAUGUGGGAGUAACAAACCGGACAUCAGAUGGAUUUACGCUCGUAUGGGACUCACCCGAAGACAAGUACAAAAACUUUGUUGUGACAAGCAAAGACAUUGGGAAAGAUGAAGGCCCAAAGCAGGACAGCAAGAAAGAUCAAGAAGAACAAGAAGACUCAAGGAAAGAGGCAAAAGAUCAGGAAGAAGAAAAAGAAGAUUCAAGGAAAGAGGGUGGCAAUAAAAAGGAGGAAGUUACGCAUCAACCAACCAAAGAAAGACAUUCAGAAAAUGGAAGCAGUGAAGAUGAAAAUAAAGUACCUGAAAGUGUCUCUAUACAAGCUCCGAGGAUCCAAAGUGGCACAAAAGCCAAACCUGUAACAGGAAGUGACAACACCUUAAAAAAGGUUAUUCCUGGUUCAGCUCGCUCUUUCCAGUUUGAGAAUCUGCCUCCUCAGACCGAGUACACCGUGACUUUGCUUGGAAAGGGUCCCGGCCUUCUCUCCAGACUGCACAAGCUUGUCAUCAGUACAGGCCCGGAGCCUCCGACCGACAUCGCCUUCAGCGCGGUGACGGAAAACUCUCUGACGGUGUCGUGGACCAAACCCAAGACUCCCAUCAGUGGGUUUAAGGUCACCUACACCCACACAGACGACGGGGAGCCGGUGUCGGUGACCGUGGACUCGGGCGACUCCACCGUCGGCCUAUCGCAGCUCUCGCCUGGUUCUUCCUACGAGGUCAGCGUCAUCUCCAUCCUGGGAUUGGACGAGAGCGAUCCAAUCAAAGACUUUGUCAUGACACUCCCCGACCCGCCUACAGACCUGCGGGCCGUGAACGUCACCGACACCAAGGCCUUGUUAUUGUGGCGUCCAGCGCUGGCCGCCGUCGAUAAGUACGCCAUCGUUUACGGCGCCGGGACAGACUCCGAGUUGAGGAUCACGGUGUCGGGGAACGCAGCGGAGCAGCAGCUCAGCGGCCUGGACGGCUCCACCACCUACACCGUCACCAUCAGCAGCCAGCUGGGCAGCGCCGAGAGCUCGGUGGCCUCCACCAGCUUCACCACCAGCGGAGGCUCUGGGACGGGUGGGGACGGUCCCAGCGAUCUCCAGGCCAACGACGUGACCCCUCGCACCGCUCUGUUGUCAUGGAAACCACCCUUAAACCCAGCGGGCAGCUACAGACUGACCUAUCAGACCGACGGGCAGGGACUGAAGGAAGUGAUUGUGGACGCCUCGGUAACAGAGUAUAACCUGACCAGACUCCAGCCCGGAUCAAAGUACACGGUGCAGCUGCAGGCGGAGGAGGGGGGAGGCUACACGGCUGCCAUCUCCACCGACUUCACCACCGGCACCCUGAGGUUCCCCUUCCCCUCCGACUGCUCCCAGGAGCUGCUGAACGGCAUCAGGACGUCCGGCGAGGUUGAGAUCUUUCCUCAGGGGAAACUCGGGACGCCGAUGAUGGUUUACUGCGACAUGGAGACGGACGGAGGAGGCUGGACGGUCUUCCAGAGGAGGAAGGACGGCUCGGUGGAUUUCUUCAGAGGGUGGAAGGACUACACUAAAGGAUUUGGGAGUCUGAGUGGAGAGUUUUGGCUGGGCCUGGAGAGAUUAUACAACCUGACAGCGAUGACCAGGAUGAGCCUACGUGUGGACCUGCGAGACAAAGGCGAGGCGGUGUUUGCCAAAUACUCAACGUUUGAGCUCUUGAAGAGGAACUACAAACUGAACGUGGGCGGAUACAGCGGCACCGCAGGUGACUCCCUCAGUUACCACAACCAGCGGGUCUUCUCCACCAAAGACCGGGACCCGGCGCCCUUCAUCACCCGCUGUGCCAUGUCGUACCGAGGAGGCUGGUGGUACAAGAACUGCCACGAGGCCAACCUCAACGGCGUCUACGGCAUCAAUGUCCAUCACCAGGGUGUGAUCUGGACCUCCUGGAAAGGAAAAGAGGUUUCCAUCCCGUUCACUGAGAUGAAGCUGAGGCCAGCCGCCUUCAGACCUCCAACCAGUGGAUGAGGACGACAAAGAGGAUAAUGAACUGCUUAACACAUUAAGCAUGAUGGACAGCAGUGUGUGCAUACAUGUGCAAACAAACACACACACACACACACACACAACACAAACAUUUUAACAGGGAGCCUCACUCUCACUUCAGCGGAGAUGAAGACGUAUUUCUUCACUUGUAUAGAGGUCAGUUAUGUCAGUAUGUUACUGUUAGAUUGUACAGUUUUUAUCUUCUCUUAGCUGCUCCCACUGUCUCUAUAUUUAAAGGAUCACUUUACCUUAAUUACAAAAACGCACACAACCGUUCAAAGGUUUUGUAAUCUGCUGCCAGAGCCUGAUUACAGUCAGUAAUAUAUAUAUAUAUAUAUAUAUAUCUAUAUGUCUGAAUGCUCUUUGAUGCUUUUAGGUUGUAGAAUUUCCUCUUUACAAAUAGAUGUUAUGUAGUUUUGUACACAGGGGCGUAGCACAACAUUCUGGGCCCUGUAGAAAGGCAUUUUCUGUGGGCCCCUCCCCACAUCCACAGCUAUU